UAAAUACGAAGCGAUAACUAUCAAACAUCUCAGUCUUACUACAGUCAAUAAAUAAUUUGACACGUAAAAGUAAGAUUUAAUCCGAAUCUUUUUCAAACAACAAGAUGCAUGGACCAAUAGCAAGCAAAAGUCUAGGAACGAGUAUGUUUGACAAUCCACUCAAGCAAUCUCUAUCCGAAGUCAAGGAUGCUUCAAUAUACAAAGGCUAUGACCACAGCUUCGCGUACAACGGCGAGACUAUCAAAAUAAAAAAUGACACUAGCAAGUGUACGAAGCCUCGCAUCUCAUUUGGAUUCCAGAGCUACGAGGACCACGAGUGCCACGAUAUGUACAGCCACGAUGAAUAUCUUAGAGGUGAGCGAAGGCUGCGACUGACAGAGAAUGAAAAAGACACAAUUCGUAGCGAGCUUAUUCACUACAAGUUGUACGAAAUGGAUAUACACGAAGACAGCAGAAAUAACUUUAAUUUGCACAACAAAACUAAUGUUAUGAGGCACGUUGCCAGUCGACUCUGCAGACAAAAUAUGGAGCGUCAGGAGGCGCUGCAGCAAGAACGAGAAGAAGCUUUGCAUGCUCACGUCGUACAACCGAUUUCCCCGGUCAUCGUAGAAUCGAAGAAACAAAAUGCAACUUCCCGGUGGCUAUUUGAUGUUCUAUUACAGACCACCAAGUAUAAAUCUACGGCCUAGUGGCCGUUUCAUGUGUUCAGUGCGAGUGCAUGACUCGUGACAGAACUCUCUACAAGUGAUGCCGAUUAUAAUUAGUACACCGGAUGGCUGCAAGGUCGGGUGGCGAUGGAAUAGAUCAGUUUAAGUAUGUGUUUGUGUGUCUCUGUGAGAGCAAGCGCGAUUUAAUUUGGCGACGAACAACUAAAAGCUAAAAUUAAGACCGAUUGACGUGGCAUAGUGCUAUGUGAAACGACAAUAGCACCCAAGUCGAUGCCGGUUGUAGUCGAGGUGCCCGGAAAAGGAUUGUAGUUGAGGUACAUGGAAAAGGGUUGUAAUCGAGGUACCCGGUAAGUUGAGAUGCACAUCAUCGAUCCCAGGUAACUUGAACAGUAAGCCAGUUGAAUAGUGCCUGAAAGUAAGGAAUAUACACCGUGAUGCAAAGGCAUCCAAUUGAACUUCGGUUUCCUCAGUGUAAGACAGAGCUUAGGAUCUGCGUGGAAUUUUGGAAGUCCACGGCGAAUAUGCAAUGUAAAGAAACGCACAAGUUUAUGAGACAAAAAGACCUACGUAUCAAAUAUAAUUAUGUAAAUAUUAACCCGAGCAAAAAUAUAUAUAUUGUUUUUUAUAUAUAAAAUAUAAUAUAAUAUAGCCUUCUAAAAAUCUAAAUUGAACAUUUUUUACACAC